AAAAAGCCCUGUAUAUUACAUUUAAAUUCAAAUUUUCCCCAAACUCAAUUUAUUUUUAUUUCAAGAGGGACUAAGAGAGACAAGAGAGACAGGAACCUGAAAAUAUGGCAACGUUGCAGAAGUUCAAGCUGCUCGCAACCGAAUGCGGAGUGGCUCAGAGUCCAACGCGAAGCCCGAGAACAAGUCCUGUUGUUCAUCUCCGUCGUAAGAAAACCACUCUCCGUAUGCUGCUCAGCCGAAGCUCAGGCUCUGGCCGCCGGUCACCUCCCAGACAUGAGCGACCUCCGAUUCAUUGCCAACCGAGAAUCGCUGCACCGCUGCCAGAGAAAAAGAGAGAUACAUUAAAGGACUUGUUCGUGUCAUCGCCGUCAUUUGAGGAUGAAGAAAACAAAGGCAAGGUUAGAGAGAUGAUUGGAGGCAAGUGUGAAGUGUUUACAAUGAGAGUGAACGGUUUGGCAGGUGAACCGGCCGAUUCGCCUAGACAGGGAUGGAUCGGGUUUAGACAUAGGUCUCUGAUAAGGAGAGCUUGGCGGCCUAUACUGGUUGCCAUUCCAGAGGAUGAGUAGAAUUAAUUUGACCCACAGCCUCUCUGAUGUAGUAAAUAAUUUUCAGUUAAAUCGAAAAUUUCGUGGGUUUUUUUUUUAA